ACUUCCAACAACCCUCCCCUUCAAUUGUAUUGUAUUGCUCCCCAUUCUUCUCCCCUUCCCCCUCCCCCUUCUCCCCUUUAUCGCCCUCUUACCCUCCCCCAUCUCCACAUCGCUUCCUUCACCCCUCCUCCACUCCCCCUCUUCUCUGCCCCCGCGCCCCCCCCCAGCCUUCCCCCCAUUUACUUCUCGUUCUCCCCGCCAGCUUUACACUUCACUGUGAACAACCGGAUUGUUGACGGGUCGACCUACAUUCGCACGCUCGUGCAGGUGAGAUGGGCGUGGCAAGGGGGAACUGGAGCAGUGGCUGGGGGCGACGGGGGGAGCUGGGGGCGAUGGGGGGAGCUGGGGGCGACGGGGGGAGCUGGGGGCGACGGGGGGAGCUGGGGGCGAUGUGGGGAGCUGGGGGCGACGGGGGGAGCUGGGGGCGACGGGGGGAGCUGGGGGCGACGGGGGGAGCUGGGGGCGACGGGGGGAGCUGGGGGCGACGGGGGGAGCUGGGGGCGACGGGGGGAGCUGGGGGCGAUGGGGGGAGCUGGGGGCGACGGGGGGAGCUGGGGGCGACGGGGGGAGCUGGGGGCACGCCCGGUAGUGCGUGCAUCCAUCCAUUCCCAUGCAUGCACCCGCUCUCAUGCCCCUCCAUGUGCAAUCCACAACCAUGCAUCCCAUCGGUCUCGUUUUUUGGGUCGACUCAAAAGCGCUCUCAUGCCACUCUACGUGCACUGCGUUCCACCGCCAUGCAUCCCAUCGGUCUCGAUGCCUCAGGAGCGGCAGGAGUUAGGGGAGCGAAUCAUGAUCACACGGCUAGACCUCUUCACUCGGUGGAAAAAGCGCUACUCCCACUCGAGCAUGCACGAUGCGAUCAAGGAGCAGAACCUGGCGCUACUGAGAGAGCACCUGCUGCAGACAGUCAGGUUCCAGCCUGAAGAGGCUGACGGUUCCUCCUCCUCUGGGCCCGCUCCCCCCACCGCUGCAUAA